CGACCGAGGACCAUGAUAUGGCUGCUGCAAACCCUCAUCAGUCUGAGGACCAGUUCCUGUGCUCCAUCUGUCUAGAUGUCUUCACUCAUCCUGUCACCAUACCAUGUGGACACAACUUCUGCAAAACCUGCAUCAGUGAACACUGGAACACUAAAGACCAGUACCUGUGUCCACUAUGUAAGAAGGCCUUUAACACCAAACCUGAGCUGUACGUCAACACGUUCAUCUCUGAGAUAGUCAGUCAGUUCAGAGACAGAGCUCAGCAGGAGGCCAGCAGCAGCUCAGAGCAACCAGAGUCUGAACCAGAAGUUCUCUGUGACAUCUGUACUGGAACCAAACUGACGGCCCUGAAGUCCUGCAUGGACUGCCUGGUCUCCUACUGUGAGGCUCACCUGGAGCCUCACCUGACAGCUCCACGGCUGAAAAGACACCAGCUGAUGGACCCCGUGGAGAACCUGGAGGACAGGAUGUGUACGAAGCAUGAGAAACCUCUGGAGCUGUUCUGUCAGACCGAUCAGACCUGCGUCUGCAUGCUCUGCUCCGUUCUGGACCACGUGACGCACAAGUUUGUUCCUCUGAAGGAUGAAUAUGAAGGAAAGAAGGCAGAGCUGGAGGAGAAAGACGCUAAAAUCCAGCAGAUGAUCAAGAAAAGACGACUGAAGAUUCAGGAGAUUGAACACUCGGUCCACCUCAGUAAGGACGCUGCAGACAGGGAGAUCGCAGAAGGUGUUCGAGUCUUCACCGCUCUGAAGGAGUCUGCUGAGAGAGGCCAGGCCGAGCUCAUCAACACCAUCCAGAAGAAACAGGAGACUACAGAGAAGCAGGCCGAAGCAUUCAUCCAGGAGCUGGAGCAGGAAAUCUCAGAGCUGAUGAAGAGAAGUGCUAAGGUGGAGCAGCUCUCUCGCUCCAAAGACCACCUCCAUCUGAUCCAGAGAGUCCGGUCUCUCAGUUAUACUCCUCUCGCCAAGGACUGGACCAGGGUUAAUGUCCGCCAGCCCCUUUAUGAGGGGACGGUGGUGGCUCAGCUGAAGGAGACUCUCAGAGCGGAGAUGAAGAAGCUAAAUGAAAUAGAGCUGAAGAAAAUCCAGCAGUAUGAAGUGGAUGUAACUCUGGACCCUGAUACCGCUUAUCCUCAGCUCAUCCUGUCUAAGGAUAGGAAACAAGUCCGCUAUGGUGAUGUUACGAGGAAUGUUCCCAAAACCCCCAAAAGAUUUUCUUAUGUCCCCAGUGUUUUAGGAAAGCAGAGUUUCUCCUCAGGCAGAUUUUAUUAUGAGGUCCAGGUUAAAGGGAGGACAGAGUGGACUUUAGGAGUGACCAGAGAUCUGAGUAAAAGGAAGGGAGAGAUCACUCUGAGUCCUCAGAAAGGUUUCUGGACUCUGGGUUUGACGAAGGGAAAUAAGUACGAAGCUCUUGAGGAGGAUUCGCUUCUUCUCUCUCUGGAGUCUCAUCCUGAGAAGAUCGGGGUGUUCGUGGACUACGAUAAGGGUCUGGUCUCCUUUUAUGAUGUGGACUCUGCAGCCCUGAUCUACAGCUUUAGAGACUGCUCCUUCAUGAGGAAGCUCUACCCGUACUUCUGUUUCGUUGGUUGUGGUGAUAGUGAUGAUGAUGAUGAUAGUGAUGAUGAUGAUGAUGGUGACUCUGUACCUCUGGUCAUCUCUCCUGUCUAUGUGAAGUUAUAAUUUGCAGAGAUGUGAUGUUUAAACGUUCCAGUGAUCAUUAAAACAGUUCUACUUCUGUAUCAGUUAUAGAGUACAUACCGUCUGUAAAUAUGAGUUCGGUGUGACUGUAAUUAACAUAACCAGGGGUUAAAUCAGCUGUCAGCAGCUCCACUCUUCAUCCAUGUGUGUGGAGGUUAUCAGUCAUGUUUGGUGACUAACCUAAGAGAGAAUAUUAGUUCAUUGAAUGUAGUUUUGUUUAGAAAGGUUUAUGAAAAUGGUCAGAAUUUGUAGGAAUGUUCUCAGCUGGGUGUAUGAACUACCAAAUACUCCAUGAACUCACACUGAGCUUCAUUUGUCCACCACUGAGAACAGCUGUGGGUCUUUGCUCAUGUAUUCACUGAUACUCUGUGGAUCUUUUUGUUAUUGUGUUAUUUUAUAUCUGUAUUUUAUAGAUGUUGUAAAGUGAAUGGUAAUAAUAAAUUUGUA